GAGCCCGCGACCCCAGCUUGAGGAGUUACAACAAGCUGGCAUCAACCCUCGAACCGGCCUCCAGUACAAUACUGGUGCCAACUACAGAGCAGGAUCAGGUGUAAACGGGUGUGGAGCCACAGCGACAGCGACAGGCGAUUACGACUACUACGCAGGUCAUCGCGAUGCAGUAGAUGACUACGACUUAGCGCGAUCGCGUGCAAUCAAGAACCGUGACCAGAUGGCGAUUCACCAUAAAGCGCGGCCACGCAAGGACUCAUCAGCAACGACGGCAGCGUCAGAAGACGGCGCGGCAGAGGAUGAACAUUACACAACGGGCGAGAUGGUGGAAGUGGAUGUGGCAUGAAUCAUGAAGAAAUGGGAGACUAGGCGUACUAGCGUCUAGCAGAAGCAGAAGCAGAGCCAGAAUAGCAAGAUCAUGUCCGUGUAGUUCUAGCACUUCUACGUUGCGUCUUCCAGAAUCAGAAAUGAAGAACAACAGCAACAACAACAACAACUUCUUCUAGUACAACAGCUAAACAAGAAUCUGCUUCGUGGUCUUUGCCGCCUUAAGUUGUGAGAUUUUGUUCUUGAAGCCCGUCGUCGGGGAAAGUUUUGGUAGUAGUUUCUAGUAGUUCGAUUUUUUCUCAAGUUGUGAAGAUCUACAUCUAGAAGUAUUUGUGUUUUGAUGUUGUAACUGAUACAGAAAAAUAAACAUGAUCAUAGAUGAGAAGAUUAUAGUCUAAUAGUCAGAAAAUCAUGAAGAUCAACAUGAUUAUAAAUUCUCGAGGAUUCUUCAUGAUUGGCAACAACUACAGCUACAGCAGAAAAUAGGAUACAGGUUCUUCCACAUCAUUCACAUAGAGCAAGAACGAGAUCGGCUACAAGAACUAAACUUCGUUGAAGGCUCUACAAAACAGAAUCCCCUAUGCUGAUGUCCAGUCUCACCCACUUUGACCUUUUGAAACAUUAUUAAUGAUUAUGAUUUGCGUAGAUGAUGAUGAAGAUUGAAGACCCAUGAUCGCCAUCGAACUCGAAGUCGAAAUCAAGUCUCUGAGUAGAUCACAGCACUCCAAGGCUUCUAUCAGCACGGCCACCAUUGAUGAAUGGGGAUGCUUGCAUCCUCUGUAAUCGUGCGAACGAUUGUGUAGAAAACAAGAUAAAGAUCGAGAAAGUAGUUACUAAUAGAUACUGGAAUAAUUAUGACUUGUUAUGCUGAAAGUGCCUUAUUUAAAAUAGUUGAAAAUAGUACACUUCACAGUCGGAAAUAGCUCUGGUCGCCACUGAUUCUAUGAACAAUUUCUCACCGCUCAAGCUGCUCACAAGCCUCGCAGAUGGGGACAACGAAUGCCAUGCUAUGCUUUGGUAGAUCAGUCAUUGCACGGUGAACAUGUCCGGGUCAGCCUUUUCAAAAGGUAGCGAUAAAUGACCCACAUGCAAUGAGGGUCGCUCUAAGAUUCACCAGCAAGCUUGCGCUUGCACUGUGUCAGUGGAAACAUGAAUUGCUGAUAACUCGUUGACUCAUGCAUGGAGUAUAACUGCUUGUAACUGAGCUGGUUUUGAAUCAAUGAAUCAAUCGUUUUGAUUCAAUGAAUCCUCAAUCCAUCGAUCGCGACAUAAGUGUCUGAGUUUUUCCAUCGAGCUAUGAAGAUGGGCAGCCACUGCAAGCGAAAUCCAACGGAGAAAACAGGCGUUCGGAUCCACUUGGCGGAUAUUUUUAGGACGAUUCGAUGAGAGAACAAAGAAAGCAAAAGUUUACCACGAGGGAGAGGAGUAUAAACUAAUAAAUAUAUAAGCAAGUGAAGUCAGCGCGCAAAAUCGAGGCAGCCAAAAACUGGCCCUGAAACAAAAAC